AUGGUCAGCACCAGCAGCAGCAGCAUGAGCAGCAGCAGCAGCGGCAAGGGUUCAGCAACUUCCACGGGGGCUCCCCCAGAGGGGGCUAAGCAGGUAGGGAGAGGCCUCCGCAGGACUCUGUCGAGGGGCUGCCGAUCUGGGGGGGCCCACACGAGGGCGCUUGAUGCAGGACAGUCCUGCAGCAGCAGCAACAGCAAUGACAACAGCAACGGUCUCAAGGGCGCUGCAGCCUCAGCCGCUGCAGUUGAUGCUGCUUCUGGGGUGCUUGAGCAGCAGCAGCCGCAUCAGCGGAAGUCUCGCGCGGCGGCUACUCAGUCUGCUGCUGCUGGUACAAACAGAGGCCCAGCUAAAGGCAAAGAAACUCGUAGCGGUGUCUCCGCCCAUUGCAGCAGCAACAACAGCAGCAGCAGCAGCAUAGCAGACAUGGAGGUAGACCGUGGGGCCCCACUUUCUGGGGGCCCUGCUGCUGCUACAACUGCAGCUGCUGCCCAGGAUUCUGCUGCUGCAGAUUCCCCCGUUUUAACAGCAAGAAAGGUAAAGCAGCAAAAGGUCUCGAGUGGGGCCGCCGUACCAUCUCCUGGGGCCCCCGCAGCAGCAAAUCGGAGCGCAGGCACCCGCCGCAGGAAACCUCCUCACAGUAGUAGUAGUAGUAGUAGUAGUACUAGUAUUAGUACUAGUAGUACUAGUAGUAGUACUAGUAGUAGUAGUACUAGUAGUAGUAGUACUAGUAGUAGUAGUACUAGUAGUAGUAGUAGCAAGGGGCCUAGCGCAGCAGCAGCUGCAUCGACGGAGCAGCAGCAACAACAGCAGCAGAACAGCAGCAGCAAAAGUCGUACAUGUACUGCAUUGCGGCAGUGCUCCUUACGAGUCGGCAGCAACAAGCCAAACAACAGCAGUAGCAGCAACGAGCCCAGCAGCAGCAGCAGCAGCAGCAGCAGCAGCGACUCUGAGUAUGAUGAGGAGUCUAAGAAGGCCUCAAGCCGCAAGGGCCCCCCCCGCAAGAAAGUCUUAAGCCCGCUUCUGCAGCGGUCAUUUUCUGAUAGGGUUUCUUUGCUGCACCAGCAGCUGUUGUCUCUUCCAUCAGCAGCAAGCAACAGCAGCAGCAGCAGCAGUAGUAGUAGUAGCAGUAGCAGCGGUGCAGCAGCAGCACUUGUCAGUGGGGGCCUCAUUUCUGGUUUAGGCUUAUCCUCUGCCCCCAGUAGGGAUACUAUUGGUCUGCUGCGGCGAACACCUUCGCUGCUGCAGCUAGCAGAGGCUUCGCCAAUAGGCAAACACCAGCAGCAACAGCAGCAGCAGCAUGGGUCUGAAGAGCAAGAGCACGAUGGUUCUGCUGCUGCUGCUGAGUCGUUGGCAGUAGACUACAGCGGCUCCGCAGCACAUAUGAUGCUAGAGGAAGAUGAAACAAGAAAGGAAGGGACGGAGAGCUCAAAUGCUGUCAUCGCGCAGCUGCGGCCUGCAGCUGCAGCAGCAGCAGAUUGUUGCCUUUCGAUCAGAAACGGAGAGACAAUCCGUUUGGGGGGCGAAAACUGGAAGGGCCCCUUCCCCCUUCAUUGCUCGCAAUGUGGAACCCCCCGUGAGGCGUCGUUAACGGCAGAGGAGGGGGUUGGGGCCCCCGGGCCCCCCCCUCGAUUGCUGCUAAUGUUUGCAGGCGACAGCACCAACCGCCUUCUUGCAGAUGGAGAAUUCAUUAACCUCUCCAAGUCGCCGGUGGCCCACACACACGAUUGUGGCCUUAAGUUGCAGAUCGUGUUCAUGGCGAAGCAGGAGGAGCUUCAGCAACAAGGGCAGCAGCAAGAAGUGAAGCGGGAGACUAAAGAAGUGCAACAGCAAAAUCAAGCAGAGCAGGAGCAGCAGCAACAACAGGAGCAGCAAAAGGAGCAGCAGAAGCCGGAGGAGGAGGAAACGCACAGCGGGGGAGCUGUGGUUUCGUUGUUGCGUUCUUUUAUGAAGCCUUUUGUUAGAGCUGCUCGUAGCCCUCGCCAGCAGCAGAAGCAGCAGGAAGACGAGCAGAAACAGCCCCAGGAAGAAAAGCAGCAGCAGCAGCAGAAGCAGCAGGAGGGACAGCAGCAGCACAAGCAGCAAGAAGAACAGCAGCAGCACCAGCAGCAGCAGCCGGUAGAAGAACCCGACAACGACGUAUGGUUUGACGCAGAGACGUCGCAGCGCCCCAGUCCUUGUGCUUCUUCUACGGACCUGCGGCAGCCCCAGCCCACUAAUAACGACAACAACGGCAGCAGCAACCGCAGCAGCAGCAGCAGCAUGGAAGCAGAUGCAGGGUCUCCCGCAGCUGAAGGGAAGCUUGUCUUGCUACAGCUGGUUGAAGUCCGGGAGAGCCAAAAGCCACAAAAAACGCAAGAAGUGACAAGCCCUGGCAGCCCCUUGCUUAGGCCUGUCGUCGACCUGCGGAUUGGAGAGGGCCCACGCAGCCCGCUAUCGCUGCUUGGUCGGAGCCUUAGCUCAUCUCCUUCUAAGACUUUGUCGCGUUUGGGGUCUCAGCCACAUUUUUCUCCUUUGAGACCUUCGCAAGCUGCUGCAGGCCAGCUGCUGCUCUCCGCAAGUCAGGAGGCAUUCAAGGGCCCUUCGCAGUCGCAGCAGGGUCGGGGGGCCCUAGAGGGCCCGCCUUUGCGGUUGCAGAGUUGGGCGGGUGUCAAGAGUCCCUUGAGGCCCCAUACAGGAUUGCCUGAGUUUGAAUUAGAAGUUGCAGCAGAGGCGGUGGUUUCUUGGGACGCGGAUAUUGGGGAAGUCCGACGCCUCAUCCAGCAGGUCUUAGACAGGCGAUAUGGAGAAGGUCACAAUGUCCAGUUUGAUUUAAUAACAACUCCCAACGUUGCAGCGAAGGAGGGAGGGGGUGGGGGACCCCUGGCGCCCGUGGGGGCCGCACCAGGGGGGCCCCUGAAGGCGCGGUGGGUCUUCGAACUGCCUGCAGUAGAGGGCCCCUCUGUACCCUUUGCUGAGGACUGCGUUCGGUUGGGGGACCAGGAGGCCUCCUUCCUGCCUGGCGAGGGUUUGUGUCUCUUAAAGAGUGCCCUCGCUGCCUACUUUAAGGUAAAGGGGGCCCCCCCGAGGCCCCGCGCAGACGCUGCAAGCGGCGCUGCAGCAUCAGCAGCACCGCCAGAAGCACCAGCAGCAGGAGAAGCCGCAGCAGCAACUGCAGCAACAGCAGCAGUAGGUGUUGAUCCUCAUUUGUCUGAGGCCAUUGAAACCCUUAGAAGGCCCAGUGAUUUGUUUGACAGUUUCGAGGACGACGCCCCUCCAUCAGACACGGAAAGUCCCAGUCACAACUCUCCCGUUGCAGAGAAGGCGGGCCCCCCUCAAGAGGCCCCAGAGGAGGGUCCCCCGUAG